CUGUAGCUAGAUGCUACCAGCAAAGAAGCACAUCCAAUUUGUGUCUUCUUGUUUGCCCAUCCAACCUCUUGUUCUAUCCUCUUCCUCUCAUAACCGCACUACCCUUUCCCUCCUUCCCUUCCUCUGGGGCUUGCGGUAGUGGUUGACGGAGGGAGGUAUAGCGGCGGUGAAUCCCACUAAUUUCAAAUCCGAAUCUCUCACUGCUUCAAACUGAAACCUCAGUUAACGGUUAUGGCAACUGUGGCCUCUGAAGCCUCAUUUCUUAGAACAGCUCACGAAGUUGCAUCCUCUUUCUAUUCAAAACGGCAGCACCAUUCUCUGGUGACGACGAAUAAGAAGCCACAUGCUGAGCUUCUGUUUUGUUCUUACAGAAUUAGAGCUUGUCACUCCAUGCCUGACAACAAGGAUGUCUACAAACAAGUAGGUUUGUUUUCUCUAAGAAGGAAAAUUGAAGAUGCUGUUCUUCGUGCUGAGAUGUUCACAUCAACAGCCUUAGAAAUCGAAGAAGCCAAACGAACUAAGCACGAAGAAAUUCUACGUGCUUUUGAUAUGUGGGAUGAUCCAGCUAAAUCCAAUGAAAUUCUUGUCAACCUGGCUAAUAGCAUCAAAGUGGUUGAUUCUCUUAAGGAUUUAAGAUACAUGGUAGAGGAAGCCAAGUUGAUCAAGCACUUAGCUGAGGUGAAUGCCAUUGAUUACGGGCUCUACAAACAAGCGUAUGAUGCAUCUUUGGGUGCAAAUAAGAUUUUGGAUCAAUAUGAGAUGUCUAAGCUUCUUAAGGGACCAUUUGACCUGUCGGGAGCUUGUCUGAUUAUAAAAGCUGGACCUGGAGGCAUCUAUCCUAAGCUCUGGGCAGAACGACUCCUUAGCAUGUAUCUUAAAUGGGCCAAGAAACAAGGUUAUGAGGGAAGGAUUGUUGAUAGGUAUCCAUUCAAGAACGGAGGAAUUAACUCAGCAACGAUAGAGCUUGAAUUCGAGUGUGCUUAUGGCUAUCUUUCAGGGGAAAAAGGAGUUCACAAACUGAUAAGUGAUUCCCCAAAUGAGUCUUCAGAGCUUGAGGCUAGCUUGGCAAUUGUAGAUGUUAUUCCCAUGUUCCUUGAAAAUCCGUGUGAUCUAGAAAUUGAUUCUGAGGAUUUGAUUAUCUCAUCGCCCUCGAUUCCGGUAGAACAGAAGAAACAAACUGGUCUUACAGUCUGCAUUCAACAUAUACCAACUGGCAUAAGUGUCCAGUCAUCUGGUGAGAGAAGCAACUUCGCAAAUAAGAUGAAAGCACUAAACAGAUUAAAAGCUAAACUUCAAGUGAUAGCAAUGGAACAAGGGGUUGAAAGUAUAAGGAGUAUAAGCAAGGGCAAAAUUGUAAAUCCGGUGCAAGAAGAAACCAGGAGUUAUACCUCUCAUCCAUACAAGUUAGUACAUGAUGUAAAGACUGGCAUUGAGUUGCCAGACUUAAUCUCUGUCUUGGAUGGGAAUAUUGGACCCCUUAUCGCAGCUCACGUUAAUACCAGACUCAUGUCAUAAAGUUUUAGAAUGAAUACCUAAUCCGAUCUGUAAUUAUUAUUUUAUUGGACAAUAUGAUCCAUAGUCAAAAUAAAAUGGCAAUUCUAAG